AGAGCUUGCGUUAAACAUCAAAACAGAUAAUAUUAUAUAAUUGCUUACAAAAGAAGCAGGAAAGUAGUUGAAUGAUACAUUUUAUGCUCUGAGGAAUGAUAAAAGAAAAAGUAGUUCAAAAAUAAAGUUUAUAUUUCAAGAAACGAGGAAGAAAAAAAUCGCACCUAGUGUACCGAAAAUUCUCGUUAAUGGUCGUUUUAAAAAUUGAAGACUGAACUAAAUCAAUCACUGUCGAAACAACAUGGCCACGUUGGAAGGGAAAAUGGAGGAGAUGAAAGUUGAUGAAAAACCUGAACGAAAAGAACAGCCCAAGAAGGAAAAAAAAAAGAAAGAAAAGCCAAAAUCCUCUGAUAAAGGAGGGCACCCUGUUGAGCUUAAUCCUCUGCCAAGCUACAUAGAAGAACGUAUUAAAUUUUUUGAUGAACUUAAAGCACAAUAUGACGCUGAAAUUGAAGCUAAGGAAAAGAAACCAAUAAAGAUAACCCUUCCAGAUGGCAAAGAAGUUGAAGGAUCGGCAUGGAAAACAACUCCUUAUGAAGUUGCACAAGGCAUAAGUCAAGGAUUGGCGGAUAAUGCUGUCAUUGCAAAGGUUAAUGGAGUUUUGUGGGAUCUUGAUCGUGUUUUGGAAGAUGACAGUAAAGUUGAAAUACUGAAGUUUGAUCACACUGAAGGUCAACAGGUAUUCUGGCAUUCCAGUGCACAUAUAUUGGGUGAGGCAAUGGAACGACAUUACGGUGGUUGUUUAUGUUAUGGUCCGCCAAUUGAAGAUGGCUUUUAUUAUGAUAUGCACAUGGAACAUCGUCAAGUUUCAAGUAACGACUUUAAAAAUCUUGAAACUAUUGUUAAAAAAGUUCAAAAAGAAAAGCAGCCUUUCAUUCGACUUGAGAUGAAGAAGGAAGACUUGCUAAAGAUGUUUGCGUAUAAUCCGUUCAAGUUAAGAAUUUUGAAUGAAAGGGUGACUACUCCUACCACACUUGUCUAUAGAUGUGGUCCAUUAAUUGACUUAUGUAGAGGACCUCAUGUCAGACAUACUGGGAAAGUCAAGGCUAUGUCUGUUACAAAGAACUCAGCAACUUAUUGGGAAGGUAAUUGUGAAGCUGAAUCCCUACAACGUAUUUAUGGAAUAUCUUUUCCUAACGACAAAAUGCUGAAAGAGUGGAAACACUUUCAAGAAGAAGCUGCUAAAAGAGAUCAUAGAAGAAUUGGAAAGGAACAAGAGUUGUUCUUCUUUCAUGAAUUGAGUCCUGGUUCCUGCUUUUUCCUGCCAAAUGGAGCACACAUUUAUAAUACACUUUUAACCUUCAUUAGGGAAGAAUAUAGAAAUCGGGGAUUUCAAGAAGUUGUUACACCAAAUAUAUACAGUACUAAGUUAUGGGAAACAUCAGGACAUUGGCAACAUUACGCAGACAAUAUGUUUUCAUUUGAAGUCGAAAAAGAGAGGUAUGCGUUGAAACCAAUGAACUGUCCAGGCCAUUGUGUAAUGUUUGAUCAUCGUCCACGCUCAUGGCGUGAAUUACCACUACGUAUGGCAGACUUUGGAGUUCUCCAUCGCAAUGAGUUAAGUGGUGCACUAACUGGUUUGACAAGGGUACGUCGUUUCCAACAAGACGACGCACAUAUCUUUUGCACGCUCGAUCAGGUGGAAUCUGAAAUCAAAAGCUGUCUUGAAUUUCUUCGUCAUGUGUACGAGAUCUUUGGGUUUACAUUUAAAUUAUUUCUUUCCACAAGACCAGACAAAUAUUUAGGAGAGUUAGAAGUAUGGAAUAACGCCGAAAAGCAACUGGAAAAUUCUCUCAAUGCCUUUGGUGAACCAUGGGAAUUAAAUCCUGCUGACGGAGCAUUUUAUGGGCCAAAGAUUGACAUUCAAAUUCGUGACGCACUGCGGCGCUCGCAUCAAUGCGCAACUAUACAACUUGAUUUCCAGCUCCCAGAAAGAUUUAAUUUAACUUACGUCAGUGGCGAAGGUGAUGAGAAGAAAAGACCAGUUAUAAUUCACCGUGCUAUACUUGGUUCUCUCGAAAGAAUGAUCGCCAUUUUGACUGAAAAUUUUGGUGGGAAAUGGCCAUUUUGGUUGUCACCAAGACAAGCUAUUGUCAUUCCAGUCAGUCCAAAAUUUGACGACUAUGCCCAACAAGUUCGUGAAGAAAUUUAUCCUGACGAUUUCAAAAUUGAUGUCAACCUUGAUGCUGGUGAAACAUUAAACAAAAAAAUCCGAAAUGCUCAACUUGCUCAUUAUAAUUUUAUAUUAGUUGUCGGCGACAAAGAAAAGACGUCACAUACCGUGAACGUCCGAACUCGUGACAACAAAGUACACGGCGAAAAAUCAAUCGAAGCCUUGCUAGCAAGAUUCCAUCAACUGAAAGCCUCGAAGAAAGAUGACAGUGAAGAAGAAUUUUAAACUAGAGAUUUAUUUUGUGGUGUUGUAAUAGAAAAAUGAAUAAAAAUACAUGAACAAUCAAUUAUACGA